AAUUUUACGCGCCUAUUGGAUGUUGAUUUCAGGAAGCGCGCUCUAUUCUUGCUGCGCCGCUUCGGAUUGGUUUGUUACUGUGUUUGGCCUUAAGUUUUAUAAUGGUUGCUAUUUGUUUGCCAUCUAGUAAAUUACAAUGUCUAGAUUUUUUCGGUAUGAUACACUCAAUUUUUUCAAGGAUGAAUUUAUGCUGCCAUUUCACGUAUGAACUUCGUCAUUGUCAUGCAGCAAAUCUUUGUUUUGCCUGCAAAAGGUUACUGGCUAGAAUAAAAUUUAUGGGGGAACCAAUAAGGAUUAAGCUGACAUGUCUUGGAUUUUGGCGCAAACUGAUGUUAGUUCGUGAUGAAGACCUUAAAUCUAAUUCCUAACCCUAACCAUCAACUGUAAAUCACAAUCCUCAUUCUUUUCAUAGCUUUACAACUCUCAUUUGGCCUCAGGAGGUAGGUGGACAUUGUCAAGGCUACUUUAAUGUCAUUCAAUGAUCGUCUGUAUAUAAUAGUCUCACACCCAAAUUUCAUCUGAUUUUUAUGUAUCGAAUUCUAGCAUUCCUUCAAUCAUAACUUUAUACUCUGCUACCGUGAACCAUUCUCACAGUGUUCAUUCUCUCAAUGACGUCUCAUUUCGGUCUUUUCAACUUAGCGUAUUAAUCCUGUUGUGUCAAUGUUUUGGUACUUGAGUCAUCUGGUGUGUGUACUAUGCUGUACGUUGAUUAUGACUGAUUAAUAUUCAUUGGUCAAUGGAUUUAUACGUCGAAAACUCAAUGACUCGAAUGUAUAUAUAUAUAUAUAUAUAUAUACUAAUUUGUUAAGCAAUCAUUGGCUUAUGUUUAUUAACAAGAAAACUUAAAUGUUAUGUCAACUAUUAAACUUGAGUUGCUUGCUCAAAGGUUCCAGCAGGAGCAAAAUAUAGUUGAUCGGGGUUUUAAAUAAUUCUCAUGAGUUGUCAUUAAGGACUAUAGUUCAUGUUUGAUGUCGAUCGGUUGACUGUACGGUACUGCCAAGCCAAUGGGAAACAUGGAUACUACCCUGAUGUUACGGCGCACAUAUCAAAGAGUUAUAAAUUAGUGUUAGGAAUUAGGAUUAGGAGUUAAAGUCAGGGUUUUCCGCACAAACUAUCACAGACAAUAGUACAAGGAUCCUAAUUUCCAUGUUCUUAUCCUACGUUUUAGCAUAUCACAUCUCGUUCUGCUGUUUGUUUAAACGGAUUAAGAUUUCGAGGCUUUUCGAGUGUGUUUCACAGCUUCACAUAGUUGGUCGUCAAUUAGUUAAGUAUUAGGCGUUUUCGAAAACAACAGAUGACUUCUGCCUACAUUUUCUUCGUUAUUCGAGCCACAGUUGGUAUUAGCCGAUAUGAAGGCUACGAACAGGCAAAAACUUAUAUCCCAGAUAUAAUUCAAUGCGGGGACUGCUUUUCUGAGUUUUAAGCCUCCAUACUGUCUAUCUUGAAUGAGAAUUUGGUUGUCAUUGCAGGUUGCAAGAAAAUUGGGAAAGGUCAAACCAAAACUUGGCAUCUGUUCAUGAAGCUACUGACUUAUACUCAUGUGAUCCUGGUUACCGUAACCAUUGGUUGGAGUUAUAGGCUUAAUUAAAAAUGGAACCAAGAAUAAAAGAUGCUGUUGAACGAUUGGAUCAUCUUUAUCAACGACUUGUUAAUUAUAAACCAUUACUCGAUCAAAAUGUUUUAAAUGCUGAAUUUGAAAUAAGAGCAAAUUUUAAAAAUUUAAUAGAAUUAUUAAGUAAACGACAAUCAAAUCUACUUAUUCAAUUGCAUAAUAUUGCCAAAGAGAAAUCUAUCCUCAUUGAAAGUAAUAAACAAACAGUUGAAUCCUUAAGAAGUGUUUUACUACAAUCAUGUGUUACCAGAAAUGAAAUCGAUACAAAAAUUGGUGAUUAUGUUAGACGAGCUGAAUCAAUUAAUUUAACAUCAGAUUUAACACCAUUUAUUGCUUUCCAUAUUGAGAAUAUACAAUUAAAUGAAAUUAUUUCAACAUUUGGUCGACUUGCAUCUAGAUAUCCUGGUCACUUUGCUGAUCCAAAUAAACCUUCAGUAUGUUUACCGCAAUUAUUUGAAGAAGAAGAACAGAUAAGAAUUGGGAAUUCAACUCUUUCUUCUACUGUAUUCAAUCGUGUCCAACCAUUAUGUAUAUGCAAUGAUCCAACAUUAAAAAAAUGGUUAUCAUUAACAGAACAUAAAUGCAAACGAAGAACUUCAUCCGAUUCUUUAAGUAAUAUAGAUACAAUGAAAGAAGAAGAGGAUGGGAUGAGUUUCACUUCAAAAAAUGAUUAUUUCUGGUUGAGUAAAUUAUCUGAAAAAGGAUCAGUACAAGAUAAUUUGGAAUCCAGUAUUUCACAAUCAUCAGCUGUACGUGUACCAUAUUGUCAGCCACACUCGACACUUGUCCGUACAUGGCUUGAAUUACGAGAUGAUAGUCAACCAUUGACAGUAGAAUCUACAUCUUAUCAUAAAGGAGAAUUAUACGGAUUGAAUAAUAGCUUAAAGCCCUCUAAUUUAAAACAAAAUAAAUCUACUUCGGAAAGCUUUGACAUUUUGACAAAUUCAUCUCAAAAUAUGUCCAGUUUAAAAGAUUGGUUAUUCUGUGAUCCGGCUGAAUUAAGAGAUAUGCCUGGUUUAUCGACAAAACUUAGUCGUAAUGAUGGCAGUAUUGGCUCUAGUGUUGGUAGUAAUAAUACCAGUGAAUACAGUACACGUUCAGUGAAAUCUUCAUGGUUAAUACCAGAGAAUACAACUUUAUCAAUUAAUAAAGAAAUGUCUACACUCUGCAUAGAUUCAUCAAAAAUCGAUAAUUUAACAAAGAAUUCAUUAUUUCCUGAACAUAUUUUUCAUUCUGGACCGAUUGAUUUAUCACGUUGGUUAAGACAAUCACCACCACCACCACAAUCGAUGGAUAAUAACAGUAGCAACUUAUCAAUGGAACAAAAUCAAUCUAUUAAUGAAGAGAUGAAUAGUACUACUUCACAAACAAAUGAAAUCACUACAAUGAAUCCAAAUAAAAUUAUUGAACAUAAUGGUAUUGUAGUAGAAUACUGUCCAAAAUUUGGAAUAUGUCAAGGCGGUCCUGGUGGACCGACAUGUUGUGGUGGAUGUUCUUUAUCGAUGAUAAAAAGGGACUCGAUUGAUGCAUCAAUACAAUCAAUCACUAAUGAAAAUUCAAUAAUUGGUAUUUCAUCAAAUACGCUAAAUAAUGAGAUGAAUUCAUGUGACAAUAAUAAUAAUAAUAAUAAUUCAAUUGUAACUGAAUUAAAUCGUAUUGCAAAUAGUGAUUUAAAACAAUGGAUUGUUAAUGAUAAGCCAGAACAAUAUAAUAACAGUGUUGAUUGUUAUUCUGAUCGAAGACAACAAUCGGAUUCUGUUCAUCCGGUAACUCAAAAUUAUUUAACAUCAUCAGCGCCUCAAACAAACUUUUCUGUUAUUGAUAUGGAAAUUGAUGGAAAAGGACGUGGAAUAGGAGAACUAGAUGAACCAGAUGCAUUAUCUAAUCCUCAUAUUCUUCUAUCACCUUCAAUUGAUAUAAAUGAAUGUAAAUCUAAAGAAUUCAAUGAGAAAACAUUUUUACCAUGUAAAAAGUCUACAUUAUUCACACAAAAACCAGUAUCCACAUAUUCUCAUUGGUUAAUUUAAUCCAAUAGAACAGUAUAUUCUCUCCAUGUUCAUAUGAAUUUUAACAGGAAUUGUUCCCUUGCCAACUCUCUCUCUCUCUCUCUGUGUGUGUGUGUGUGUGUGUCUCCUUUUGUUCCAUUGUGUAUGGACAAUCAAUAGAGUCCUAUUAUAUUCUUUUUAUGGGUUAGUUCUUUUCUCACUCACACACACUCACCUAUUUACCCAUGCCCAUUUGUCCCCCGAAAUAUCUUUUUUUAUUGUUUUGCAUUGACGGUCUAUUCAUCAUGAUUAUUCUCUUAUGCUUGAUUUUCUUUGGUUUUUUUCUUUGAAUUUUAAGUUUGGAGAAUGGAAAAAGUGAAUAAGAAAG